UGCUCAUGCGUGAUGCAGCUCCUGCAGCAGCACCGGACUGUUCGCACACAGACGCCUGUAGCUGUCAGCGUUCGCGGAGUGUGUGUCUGCCAGCGGGAUCGAUACUCCAGCAAUAAGUCCCCUCCAAUUAGUCCCAAUCAACCAGGCAGCCAGUCAGUAAGUCACAUUGUAUUCAUCCGCUGGUGCUGCUUUCUCCACGGACUACAGCAACUGGGAUGUGUGAGUAGAAAGCCCGCCAGGCUCCCCCACUGCACCCAGAGGUGCCUCCAAACAUGGACCGGAUAGGGGUGUCAUUCCUGGACCCUUUGGAUGAUUACGAGUUAAUUCACAGGAUUGGGUGCGGCACCUAUGGAGAUGUGUUCAAGGCUCGUAGCAUCAGGACGUCUGAACUGACAGCUAUCAAGAUUGUCAAGCUGGACCCUGGUGAUGACAUCACGUCCAUCCAGCAGGAGAUCACGAUGAUGAGCGAGUGCAAGCACAAAAACAUUGUGGCCUACUUCGGCAGCUACCACAGGAACACCAAGCUGUGGAUCUGCAUGGAGUACUGCGGAGGAGGGUCACUUCAGGAUAUGUACCACGUGACGGGUCCAUUAAAGGAGAAACAGAUAGCCUACGUGUGCAGAGAAACCCUGCAGGGUUUGUAUCACCUGCACGAAACUGGCAAAAUGCAUCGAGACAUAAAGGGAGCCAACAUCCUUCUGACAGAGAGAGGAGAUGUGAAACUGGCUGAUUUUGGAGUGGCAGCAGAAAUCAGUGCCUCUGUUGCCAAAAGGAAGUCUUUUAUAGGAACGCCCUACUGGAUGGCUCCAGAAGUGGCAGCAGUUGAGAAAAAGGGCGGAUACAACCACUUGUGUGAUAUCUGGGCUGUCGGCAUCACCGCCAUCGAGCUGGCUGAGCUCCAACCGCCCAUGUUUGACCUCCACCCAAUGAGAGCACUGAUGUUGAUGUCCAAGAGCAACUUCCAGCCUCCCAGACUAAAGGAUAAAUCCAAAUGGUCAGCAGGAUUUCAAAGCUUUGUGAAGAUGGCUCUCAUUAAAAACCCUCGUAAAAGGCCCUCCGCCGAGACACUGCUGCAGCAUCCAUUUGUGACACAGCUUCUGACCCGUAACCUGGUCAUUGAGCUGCUGGACAUGGCCAACAACCCUGAGAUCCACAACACCCACACACACAGCAUGGACGACAAUGAGCUAGAGGUUGGGGAAGUGGCUCCAGAUAAGAUCCAGUCAGCAGGGAAACACCUGCCUGUAGAAAGGACCCUGUCUGAGGAACAAUUUGACCAAGUGAAGUUCGGGCCUCGAAUGAGGAAAGUCACUGAACCCUAUCCAGAUUUGCAUGGCUCUUACGAUGACAACUGGAGUCUGUCUGGAGAUGAAGACAACUCGCCGAGCCUGCUGGAAUGUGUGGAGCAAGCUCUGCAGCUGAGGAGUUUAACCAUCAGGAGGGCGCCAUCUACUGAUGGCGGCAGGAAGAGUGGUCUGUUCGGCCCUUCUACAGCCUCCCUGCCGGCCUUCAGCUCUUUGAGUCCCAAAGCCGAGGACAGCGACCUGACGCUGAGACCCAGCUGCACCCUGGGACCUGAUGUUGCCAUCACUGCUGACGACCCCUCCCCCACAGUGUUGGCCAGGUGCUCGGCCACGCAGGACAUCAGGCAGCGCUGUAGUGACCCAUGUCUGCCUGGGGGGGGCACUCCAACCGAAGGGGAGAAUCGUAAAGUCACUGAUUCCUCCCCGAAAAGAGAGACGCAGCUGUCCCCUGAGUGGAGCACACUGCGGAAAAACACAGAGGACGCUAGGGCUGAUUGUCAUGGACUUCCUCCUACCCCUCGGGUCCAUAUGGGAGCCUGCUUCUCCAAAGUCUUCAACGGCUGUCCUCUUAAAAUCCACUGCGCUGUCACAUGGAUUUUACCAAAGACAAGAGAUCAGUACCUUAUUCUCGGGGCAGAGGAAGGCAUCUACACACUGAACCUCAAUGAACUUCAUGAAGAUACACUAGAGAAGAUGCUGCCCCAGCGCUGCACCUGGCUGUACGUCAUGAACAACGUGCUGAUGUCUGUCUCAGGGAAGUCCUCCCAGCUGUACUCCCACAGUCUGCCGGCUCUGUUCGAACAGAGAGGGACUCUGCAGAAGAAACACAGCAGCCUGUCACUCAACACCAGCCGCUUCACCGAGAGGAUCAGCUCCAGGAAGUUUGCUAUAUCUGUGAAGAUCCCCGACACUAAAGGCUGCAGGCGCUGUAGUGUAGCGAGGAACCCGUACACAGACAGCACGUUUCUGUGCGGGGCCGUCCCCUCCGGCCUGGUGCUUCUGCUGUGGUACGAGCCGCUGCAGAAGUUCAUGCAUCUCAAGCACAUAGCGAUGAAGCUGCCCGACUCUCUGCAGAUAUUCGAGCUGCUGGUGUUGGUGUCCGACGAGUUCCCCCAGCUGUGUGUCGGAGUGAGGGACUGUAGCAACGGGAAGCGGCCGCACAGCCAGCAGCUCCAGUUCGAUAUCAUAGAGCUGAACAGCACGCCUAUUUCAGCUCCAGAGAGUGGAGCGCUGGGGGCCGUGCAGGUCACCCAGAUGGACAGAGACACUGUCCUCAUUGCGUUAGAAAAAACUGUAAAAAUAGUGAACCUGCGGGGGUUUCCGUCCAAAGAGCUGGCAGCUGAGAUGCUCUUUGACUUCCCGAUCGAAACUCUAGUCUGCUUACAGGACAGUGUGCUGGCUUUCUGGAAGCAUGGCCUCAAAGGGAGGAGUUUUCAUUCCAAUGAGGUCACACAAGAAAUUACAGAUGAGAGUCGAGUUUUCAGAGUUCUGGGAACAAACAGGGACAUCAUCCUUCAGAGCACACCAACAGAUGAGCCCUCAGCAGUGAGCAAUCUGUACAUCCUCACUGGACAUGAGAGCAGCUACUGAGAGGACAUGGAGUCUAUUUCUCCAAAACUGACACUGGAGAGAGCGGUUCCAAAGCUCAGUGGUGUAAAUGGUGUCCAGGCCGUCCAGACGUCCAGUCGCUGCGCACCACAUGUACAAAAAAGAGACCUUCUAAGUGAGAUUCUGACUCUUGUGUGCAAAAGAUUUUCAUGUAGGAAAACAAUUCAUACAACCAGCUUUAAUCUCUGUGUGACUGCAGCAGGGAAAACAUUCCAUCCCUGCUAAAACGUACGCUACUGUCUACAGUUGUCAUCAUGCACCACAGACUGUAAUAAAACAUGGACUCAACAUCUGUGACAACACAUCUGCAGACUCCUAUCGACUGAUAACAUUAAUAAAACUGAAUUAAAGAAACAUCGUUUCACAUAAACGACGUGAAGAUGCCAGGUAAAGGAAGGGAAGUCAUUAAGACUUAUUUCCGUUUGUUGAACUGAAGCUGAAGUCGGUUGCCUUUUUUCGGUAUAUUCACCUUGACUUCUCUAAUGGAUACUUCAUGACAACAUCAACAUCAUAACUGUGACAGGGAGACUUUGUAUUUCCCAGAAAGCUUUAAAUAUAACUUAAGUUUGCCCUUAUUAAUAAGUUUAUGUUAACAUGGAAGUCCUUCUCUCCUAUACCAUCCAUCCCAUUGGCCCUGAACGCAGCAUAUGUCAUCAUACCAAAGAGGCAAAGGAUUUUUCUCACUGUUAAAACUCAGAUACAAGAUUCUUUUGGGACAUUGUUUGCUAUAUUCAUCAAUAUGGGAGGUGUUCAAAUUGUAUCAGCCAGCACAGAAGUAGCUCCUUAUUUAUAUAAAAAUAUGAGAGAAACUACAAGAAAAUACAUGAUCUGGUUAGAGCUAGCUUAAAAUGAGAAACAACAUUUCAGCCAUAAUUACAUUGUCAGAUUGAAUAUUACAAACAGUGUGUGUAACCAUGUACUUACCCAAGAACACAUAGUUGUGAAAAUCUGGUUCAAAUAAUUUUUAAGAUUGUAAAAUGUGCUAGCUUAGCUACAUUUUCAUGAUGUGUCGUAAUGUUAAGAAUUCCCCUCUAACUUUCUGAAGAGGAAGGGUCCCAUCAUUGCAGCCUGUUUGGGCCACACACUGCUUUGCAUGUGUCCCUUAUCCACCUGUUUAAUUCAUCCUAAACAUGGGCUAAAUGUACAUGUGUGGUGCCAUAGAAACUGAAUGCAAUUAAAGUGUACUUCUGCGUGUUUGACUAAAAUGUAAAUUCCACUACAUUAGAGUUUGUGUGAUGAUAUUUGUUAUUUAUGGAAAUGGAACUGUACAAGUAACACUCACCUUUCCCUGAGAGAUACUUGAAGGACAUAAUAUGCAUAUGGAUAUUUGUUUUUUAAAGAUGAUUUUAUUGUUAUUGUGUAUACAUUUUAAGUAUAUAACAAUACAGUUUGCUCAUAUUGUAUGGGGGGAUUGUAAUAUGCACAAUAAACAUUUUAAUAUCCUUUGGAGCUA